CAUUUCAAUUUGGGACUGGGACUGUCGUGGUUCUCGGUGCUGUGACGGUGGGCGUGGCCUUGCCGGCGGCGGUGACGGCUUUGUCCGCGGUGGUGGCGGCCGCCUGUUGCAGCUGCGCGGUCCUCCCUGCUCCGCACCCCUCGACGCCCUGCUCUCGCACUCUCCCUCCCGGGCGCGUAGUCUGUCGCUGUCGUGCCACGGUCACCCUCUUCGCCGCCCCUCGUCCGCCCACAGGUAAAGCAGGCUCCUACGCUCUCAGGUGCAGCCCACAGGUCGAAGCGGCAGCCACCCGCGAUGAGCAAAGCAGGCGGCGGUCCCGGCUCGGCCCCGGGCCCGACGGCCGCGGCGGCGGCGGCAGCGGUGCAGAAGCAGAAGUCGCUGCUGCAGAAGGCGGACGCCGACGUCUCCAGCCUCGUCGACAAUUUCUCCUCGCUCAUCAACAUAGCUCGAGUCAACGAUCCGCCAGUGCGCAACUCGCAGGAGGUCUUCCAGAUGGAGAUGCGCGCCGCCCGCAUGGUACAUGCAGCAGACUCUCUGUUGAAAUUAGUGUCGGAACUUAAGAGGACAGCCAUCUUUUCUGGGCUUGCUUCAUUGAAUGAGAAUGUGGAUAGGAGGAUUGAAGUGCUGGGUCAGCAAGCUGAGGGAACUGAGAGAAUGCUGGAGAGGAUUGGGCAGGAGGCAGCAGCAAGCCUCAAGGAGCUAGAGGCACACUACUACUCAUCUGUUGUGCGGUCACCAUCCUAUGAUUGAGGGUUAUCUCAGGUUAUCAGUUGUCUAGACUUGGCACAAUAACUAUGGUUGGUGUAUCUUUUGUAUAAAAUACUUUAAUUUAUUAGUUACAACAACUAUAGUCACUUCUGAAGGUUAUUGUAUUACUUUUGACUAUACUAACCCACAUAGGCCUUGUUUAGUUAAUCCCAAAAACCAAAAACUUUUCAA